AUCGGAUUCUCCGCGGGAGGAGAAGAGAACGGCCGUAUGAUUGUAAUGGCGAGUUGUUUACUAUAAUGUCAUGUCCCAAAGUGGAAUUAACAAACAUAACCGUAACAUGCUACCGCCACCUCGUAAGGUGAAGCCGUCGGUGGCUUUGAAAAAUAUCCACAGUGAACAAGUGUCAAAAUUGCAAACGAAACAUCAACAGGAAUGUGAUCUAUUAGAAGAUCUACGAACAUAUUGUCAGAAGCGAUCUGUUUUAGAGAAAGAAUAUGCUCAGGGUUUAUUAAAAUUAACCAAUCAGUUAUUAAAGAGAGAAUUUCCUGCUCAGCCUGAUGUAUCUUCUGAUGAUGGACGAGAACACAAAAAAUGGUUCCCCUAUUGUGAUAGGACAGCAUGUACUGUGUGGCAUAAUAUACUGGAAGAAACAGAGAAAAUUGCAAAAGCCAGAUUACAGGCAGCAGAAAUGUACAUGGAAAGAAUUGCUGAGCCAGUUAAACCUCUUAGAGCCAGUAAAAUGCAAUGUAUGAAAAAGGUAAUGCCUCAAUUAACAACAAUACAAUCAGAGUUAUCUAACACUGUACUAGAGUUGACCAAAUCACAGAAAACAUACAACACUGAGGAAAGUCUUGCUCACGAAGCUCGACAAAAAUCAUCAGACGCCGACGAUAAGUUGAAAAGAAAAUCAACAGGAAUAUUUAAAUCUAUGGCCGGUUUACAGAAAAAUAGUGCUAAGUUAAAAACUCGACGGGAUGGAUGUGAAGUGAGGUCAACUUCUUGUCGUAAUGAAUAUAUUUUAAACAUGUCUGCCGCUAACGCGCACCAAAUAAGGUAUUAUAGUACAGAUUUACCAGAACUCUUACAGGUUUUAGAUGGAGAAGUUUAUGAGAAAAUAGAGGAAUACUUUAAACUGAUUGGUCAGACAGCAGCAGAUAUAAGCCAAUCAGAAACAGACAGUUUUAAAAAUGUUGUGACUCAAGCAGAAAAGAUAUGUCGACAAUAUAGUUUACAGUGUUUUUUAUAUCAACAUCCGGUAUUUACAGAUUUAAUACAAUAUCAAUUUGAGCCAUGUCACCAAGAUCCUAUAUGCAAACUAAGUGCUGAUUAUAAUGCAGCUCCUGAUUUAGAUAAAGAAUCCAAGAAAUGGGCGACGAAAGUUGCUAAAGAAACAAAACUUAUACGAGAAUAUAACAGAUUACUGAAGGCUUAUCAAUGUGGUGGUUCAGUUGAACGGUUGACUGAACCUGGUGAUGGGGGAACAACUCCAACCCAAGACCCAGAACAAAAAAUGGAAGAGUUACGACAAAAUAUAAGAAAAGCUGAGACGUCUAAAGCAAAAGCAGAAGGUAGAUUAGAGGCUUUACGUGCUGUUGGAAUGAAUAUAGAUGAGUAUUUAAAUAAUGCCCAGAUGGAAAGUCUGGGUACUGAAGAUCUGACAAUGGCCAGGGUGCCAAGUCAAAUGUCUCUAAGAACAGAAAGCUCUGGCGGACACAGCGCUGAUGAACCAACGUAUACACAUUACGAUGAUGAUGAUGAUUUUAUAGAUGACACGUUUAAUACGUCUGCUGAAAAUGAGACUUUCUUCAUCCAUAGUUCCGGUAAACAAUUCCCCGUAAAAUGUCGAUCUCUUUAUGCUUUUGAGGCCACUAAUUCAGAUGAAUUAACGAUACAGGCUAACGAAGAAUUAGACCUCAUUGCUAAUGGUGAUGGUGAUGGAUGGGUCAAGGCUCGAAAUUUGAGAGGUAAAACAGGCUACAUUCCUGAAAACUAUGUAAACCUUACCGAUAGUAUUAUAACAGAUAACCAAACACCCAGUGAACCAGCUACUCCAGUUGCUAUGCAACCACCAGAAAUACAGUCCCCUAUAGCAGCCGACAUACAACAUGAAACAACCUCUAGUUAUUCAUCCGGUGACCUUGAAAUUCAGCAGACGACGGAUGUAAUGCCUGUUGAUAAUUUCCAUCUACCAUUACAAGAAUCCUAUUUACAAGAUGUAUGGGCUAGAGCUUUAUAUGAUUAUACUGGUAGUACUGCCGAGGAAUUACAGUUUAACGAAGGAGCUCUGAUAAAAAUAUUACGCAAAGAUCAUGGUGUUGAUGAUGGUUUCUGGGAAGGAGAAAUAAACGGUAGAGUGGGUUUAUUUCCGUCACUUGUCGUAGAAGAAAUAACACAAGAAGGAAUGUCUCUCGAUGAUCCUUUCUCUCCUCAAUUAACAAGUCCUCCUGACUUUGCCCCACCCCCACCAGUGAUGGUAACAUUACCAACACCCGAUGAGUUACCUCCCCCUGUCUCUAAUGGUGAUGAUACCGGUGUUCAGCAGCAGGCAGCUCCACCAGAACAGAAGGAAUGAUAAGAAUGUUUUUCAAGAAAGUUCGAUUUUGUGAAAAUCAUGUUAUAUCCUCCGCCUUCUAUGUACAGUCGAACUAUUUAAUGAUGGCGGAUUACUACGACAGUGAAGGAGGUGAAGAGUCUCUUGUUUGACCUUAGAUCCACAAGGUGUAGGGAUAUUAUAUAUUUAGAUUAUGCAUAUUAUGUAACGGGUAUAUAUAUAUAUUGAUAAAUGCAAAUUAGUAGACGAUGUACACCAAUCAUCAUGUGUGUAAGAUAUAAUUGAAAAUAGCGAGUACCUUAUUUAGUGCCUGUAGGCGUAGAGGAUGAUAUAUGUUGAUUUAUGCUAAUGGCAUACAAAUGUAUGCAUUAAUGAUGUGAUAGAUGUAUUUAGAUUGACUUCAUGAUUCCAUUUAUUAAAUGGCUCACAUACAACAUGGGACCUGCUUUCUCCUUAUCUUCAUAUUUUAACACUUUAUUUUUAAAUGGAAAUGUUGAAACAUAAUUUUUUUUAGAAAAUCAGAAUAUGUUGAAAUAUCAUUUUAAAAUUAUGAACUGUCAUAAUUUGAUUGAUUUUGAAUGAAGAAUUGGCUUAAUGCUGCCUACUGGGCUGAAAUCUUCUCCUAGCUUUGGACAUGUGGACAUAUGUUGAUCUCAGAUUGUUCAAUUGUAUUGUGUCGUUAAACUCAGUAACUAUUUGUCUGCUUAAGAAAAACAAGGGGACCCUACUCCCCAUAAAAUACAAGAUUAAAGAUAUUUCUCAAUACCUUAAUUGUGAAUAGGGUUAUGUUAGUUUUGGUCUAUUAUAGCAGUUUACAUAUUGAUAAUGAUUUGUUUUCAUCGGGUCCCAUGUUUGGUUUUUUUUUUUAAAAGAUUUUACACAAUAUAUAAAAUAUGUACAACUGUUUUAUUGUUUUAAAUUCUACAAUCACAAUGUAUAUAUAUAAAAGUUGUCAUCUGUUGAUUUAUGUAAAAAUCAAGUAUUUAUUUGUAUAUUAGAAUCAUAUAUUAUAUAUAAUGUUGAUUUUUCAAGUAUGUAGGAGUUUGAAUUAGAUUUAUGUGUCAUUGGUCUAACAUUGGUCAAACAUAAGCAUUAAAUAACAGUUGUAUUGUUAUUCCUUGUAGACUGGGGCUAGAGUAUUUAAUAUAGAUAUACCAUAAAAAAAUUAGAUGCAUGUAAAGACAAGAACUUACAUACAGUUCACCAAUAGAAUACAUUUAUUAGAUAUUUCAAACAUUUAUAUAUUUCAUUAUGUAUGUACUUUUAUUACUUGCUGGACGAGAACUGUACCUGUUUUUCGUGUAGUGUAGCAUAUUUUCCCUUCACAUUUUAUCCAUCAUUAAAAUCUUAGAUCUGAAAUUAACCGAAGAUACAAAUCCAGAAUUGAUGGUUACGUACUUAAAAGAAAAGAGUUAAUGUUGUGUCAGUUUGUUUCAGGGUGAUUGCGUUUGGAGUUGAACACUAUGGAGUGUCACAUUAUGAAUACAAAUUAUCGUACAGGAGCCCAAAUUUGCCGUUGUAGUCAAAUAAUCAGGACACAGGACUCUCGGCUACAAUGUCUCGGGUUUGAAUCCUGGUGUUGACUGGGAAGCUCGUUUAAGAUUUUCACUUUUAGCGGUGGUGGUGGCUGACAAGUGUACCUAGUCGCAAUCUAAUUAAAAUAUAGAUCUAUAUUUCGUUUCGUUUUUUAUACUUUCGAUGACCUACAGUACAUGUAGAUCUAACAAGUUAUAGUGGGAGUUCACGUUCUAUGACGUCAGGUACCAAGCAAGCGACAUUUGACCCGAUUACGUCUGUCAUUCGAUUAACCAAUUAGCGACCGCCAUGUAUUUUUUAUCUACUUUUGCUUUGUUUUGAUUUCUAUUGCCGCUAAUGUCUACCUACAGUUCCGCGCAAAAAAGGUCAAACGCUCGAUUCGACAGACCAUUUGAUUGGCUGACCCCUCAUUUCAAGCAGAACACGAGUUAAAUAACAACGCUUCCAGAUCCAAGUGUAGUAAAGACAAGUAAAAUCGAAAUUUUGAACUAUAAAAACGAAACGAAAUUGGAUCUGUGUUUUAAUCAGAUUGACCUAGUCGUUGAGAAAGUAUGUAGAACCAAGAUCUUUCCGUGUACAUAUCGGCACACACGUAAAAGAAUCAUUAACAGUUGGAAAUAGCUUCAACCUAAUUUCUGGGUCAGAUUACCAUAUUUGAUGAUGAAGACAUUAUUCUGGAAAUAUCCAGCAAACAGAUUGUAUCAAAUGUGACUAUAUAUGUGUAUAGUCAUUCCAUAGUUGUAUAAACUCCAACAGUGAUCCCCCUUUGACAAACCAUUGCAUAUUGUCUCAUAAAAAAUGUGUUGACUUGUUUAGAAAUACAACUUGUUGAAUGUCCUAUGUCUCGAUUCUAUUAUCCAUGACAAACAAAAAGAUAUGUUAAAAUUAUAUCUUCAGCAUAACAUUUAUUGAAUUUAAAAUGUGUUCAAAUACAAAACACCAACAUGUAAAUAAUUUGCACCGUUUUGAACACAAAUCUUGCAGUGCUAUAUUUAUUAUUCAUGUCCAGCUUCAUAUUGCAUUUGAAAGAUACGAGCAUCUGUAAGUUUGUUGGCAUUUUUUAUGAAAGAUCUGAACAGAACAUAUAGUGUGUGUCUGCACUUGUUCUAAUACACUGUUUGAUAAAAAAAAAAUUGGACUGCAAUUUACAGGGGUCUAAUUCACGAAAAACUACAACUAAAAUAAUUUUAAGGAUGCUGGCAUUUCAUUGGUUUUUAAAAUUUGAUUAGUCUAUUGCUACUUUAAGCGUUGUAAAUAAUGUCAAAGGCAUUCAAUGCAGCAUUUGUCUUUAUUAAAUCCUAUGUGAAUGUACCAAUAGACAAGAAUUAAUUAUAUUUACUUGUGCAAUGUAGGCUCUCUUGUAUCAAGAAGAGGUAUUGUAUUAUUACUAUUACUAUUAUUAAUAAAUAACAUAUAUUAUGUGCUGCUUAAGAAUUUACUGUAGGUAUAUUUAAAGGCAUACAAGACUUAAUGUUUUGACAUGCAAUGUAUCUGUUAGUUUCAUAUUUGAAAUAUGUUGUACUUACAAAUGGAGGGUGAAUUGUCUCCCUUAGGCAGUUUUAUUAUCUCCCCUUUGGUCUUAUUUGUGGCCCGACCUUAAUAAAAUCAUCUUUUAUUACUGAGAACACAAUUAUAAACUCGGAUUAGGCUAAUCCUGAGCUUAAACCCCUUUCUGUUAUAUAACACAUAUGCCAUUGAAUUAUUUCCCCAGAUAUUUGGAACAGGAACUGAACCCAGUCGCUAUUCAUCUUGGGAGUCGUUCUUUGCAAAAAGCCAAAAGCUCCACCAAUUCAUGUACAAUCGACAUGAUCGAAACUUGGCAUGCUUGUUCAUUGGACAAUUGCCAGACUUUGAUUUUUGAUGACGUCACAAUUAUAAGAUCGCAUAGAUGACAUCACGCUCGGUUCCUGGUCCAUAGUUUAUGCUAAUACUUGUUUUGUAAUGAAUUUUAAACUUUGCUAAAAUAUCUUUUCAACGAACUUGAUCCUGUUAGCAUAUCAUGUAUACAUGUAUAUAUUAUACUUAUGCAAUUUUUGAUGCACUGUGCACAACUAUGUUGAUUUAGUACCGGUAACUAUGGUAAUUGUUGUAUGAUGUUAUUAUAUAACUUUAGGCUAUGCAUUAUCUGUACAGUGUUAUUAUAUAUUUGUCAGUAAUUUCAUGUUAUUUGAUGUAGUGUUGGAUUGUGUCAGUGUCGUGCAGAGGUUUGGUGUUACCUGGGCCAGUUUCAUGAUUGUUUGCCUUCACGACUCUGGGUCAAUUCCAUGAUUGUUUGCCUCCAUGACUCUGGGCCAAUUCCAUAAUUGUUUGCCUCCAAGACUGUGGGCCAAUCCUAUGAUUGUUUGCCUCCAAGACUGUGGGCCAAUCCCAUGACUGUUUGCCUCAAAGACUUGUGUAUAUGGCCUAGUAUACGAGAAAGGAAGACAUCGUAAAUAUGUCAAAACAGAUGAAACAAACUAUUUAUUCAAAAAUAAGUAGUACAGCUUGUACAACAAAGUUAACAGCAAUAAUUUAAAAAAAAAAAUUAAUUUAAUUUCACUGUUUAAUUAGAUGCCCCCUUGAUAUGGAUGCCCUGGACAGUUGUCCUAUCUGCAUGUCACUGGUUGGUGAUUUUCAACAACUGUAAAUUAUAGUAUAACCACAGUUAUCUUCUGUAAGUUAUUUGUUUGUUGGCUUAUUUGUUAAAUUAUACUAAUAAACAAGGUUUUACACAAGCCCAUUCUUAGUUACUUAAGUCUGUAAGUUUCAGUACGUCUGAUUGGUGGAAGAACGUUUGUUUACAGCUUUUGACCAAUCAGCAUGAUCAAACAUAUUUAUGGCCUUAUUUGGAGCUUUUCACAUGUGACACUUUAUUUAUUAGUAUAUGUAAGUCUUAAAAGGAACUGAUUAUCGUAUGGGGGUGGCGUUUAAGUAUAACAGAGUCAACUUUCUAUAAUUGUGAUCCAUAAGGCAAAUAAUUCGAUCCAUAAAGCAGUGUUCUUUGGCUGCUUCAUAAGUAUCUCUAGGCAUGUAUAUAAUUUGUCAGCUGAUAAAACUCGGAAGAUUAUUUCGGAAGUCCCAGUAAUUUAUUGGAAUUUUGUCGAAGAUAGAUAGUUAACAUUUAAUUACCAUAAAUAUUACUGUAUUUAUAUAUUUAAGACAUUUUGCAUGCCAAAUACUUAGCCCAAUUCCUAACCGUUAAUGAAAUGUUCCUAGUGUGUAAAGGUUAUUACUAAGUGUUUUGUAUACAAAAAGUCCAACACAUAAACAUAGAACCUUGACAUUUAUCGUAACUUAAAGUUUAACUAUUAAUCAUCACAACCUAUUACAUAUUCCUCAAGCAAUGGUUACAGGCAGUAUCAGCUCAUUAACCAAUAAUGCUCAUAACCAUUGCUUCUGGAAUGUAUAAUAUCCUAUUUAAACUACACUUAGCUUUGAUUCCUAAAAAUCCCAUUUCAGCUAGUCUGUACAGAGAGGAAAUCAUUUAAGCUUGUGGGUUUUUUAGUUCUAUUACAGCACAUUAAAAAUAUUUAUGCAAAUUAGUACGGUAUUUAGAAUUGUUGAUGGGUGUUGGAACAACAUGGAUAGUUUGAUUAGAUUGGCCACUUAGAUAAAUAUUAUAAUAUAUGUAAAUAUUUAUCAAUGUUUGGUCAUGGUAGUUAAGCAUAAUUUAGCAAACAACACUUUUUUUUAAAUUAUAAAAAAAGUUUAUUAUCCAUAACAUGCAGCAAUUUCACAAAUGUUUAUGGAGAUAGUGGUAUAUCAGGGAAUUUUAAUUAUGGAAGGGAAUCAUGACCAAAAUGUUAAUUUCUAUUACCUGUGUUUUCUCUAAAGACCCCUUUAGUUUGUGUCAGGUAGACGUUAAACCCCAUUUCUCUCUGUCUCUGUUAAUCUUUGAAGUCGAAGCAUUAAGCUGCCAUUCCCCAUCACUAUUUUUUAGCCAAAUAAGAUAGAAGUUUAGUUCUGGCCUCGAUUUCUCUUCCAUAAUUUCACAUAGGCUAAUAUUAUAGAUUAACUGUACAUUAAUUUGCUUGGGUUAUUAUUAUAGAUAUAUUUAAAGGAAGUUUAUUUGUAAUGAGUGAGUAGUAUAACUCUUUUUAUGUUGAUGAAUUGAUUACCGUUGAUUAUUUUAUUUUUACAAGUUUAUCAUUUAUCCGUAGACAAAAUACAUAGAUCUGAAUCUAUUCUGAUUGUGUGUACACAUUGGCAUGCACACGAAAGAUCCCUCAAAAGUUGGAAUUCUAUAAAAGAGUAGGCCGUAGCGUCACUGUGGCAAACUUUCCCUCAAAGCACAAUGUAUGCAUAUGUUCGUCUUCAUUAUCCCAGUCAGAGCAGAAAAGUAGGACAUUAGACCCAAUUUCAUUUCUAUUCUGAUUGAUGAAAUAAAGUCACAUGUUCAUUUUGUCUAUGUAUAGCUAACUCAUCCGGUUCACAUCGGCUCAAAUUCAUUCUCCGGUUUGCUUUCUUAAAAUCAAAGAUAAUUUUAAAUGCUGUAAAAAGAAGUGUAUCUUUCCCUCCCGUAAGAUUUGGGUUUUUUGAGGGGGAUGGGAAGAUCUUUUGGUGAUGCAAAAGUAUUUAAGAUAUUUAAUUAUUCAUAUGUAAAGCUCAAAAACUGUUUUAAUGUCAUUUAAUCAUGUUUUAAUGUCAUUAAACCCAGCUCAGUCAUUCUCACAAUAUUUAAUAUGUAAAUUAUUCCUAUGGUUAAACUGGAUCUGAUUUGGGGUAAAAAAAGAAAUGACUCAGAGGGCUAGUUCUCAAAAUCCUGGAUUAUUAGAUUUUAAAUUUCUUAUUACCUUGAAAAUAUUUGUUCUUUCAUCUUCAUCUCUUAACCCUUUGCAUGUCCAAAUUUAGCCCUAUAAGACUUUCAUGGUAACUAAAAACAAUAAACCUGAGCAUUAAAGUGUUAAAAGUACUUAUAAUAACAGACCCCUUGUAAAUGAUAUGAUAGGUUUCUGUAUUAAACUUGUCUGCAAUAUCACAGAUGCCUGUAACUUGGAAAAUCUCUUUUAAUAUUUUAAGUACUGAUAAAGAGUCUGUUUAAGAUCAGUUAAUUGCCCCUGAAUUGGAGUCAGACCAGUUAUUUAAUAAUCUCGCUCACUUAUAAUAUAGUCACAGCUUAAUAUUAAAAGACAUUUUCCAUCUUACAGGUGUUUGUCUGCCAUACGACUCUGUGUAACAGAGAACAUGGCCGAUGCAAUCACAAUCUAUCUGUAUUAACAGGAAGUUAUUAUUAUUAUUGUUUAUUUUAAUGUUGAUUGAUUAUCGUCCGUUGAUAAUGUUAAUGAGUUUAUUUGUUGUGUAUAUUUUUAUUUUGUUUAUUUUUUGGUCUAGGAUAAUAAACACCAUUACUACAAAUAUUAA